CAUUUCGGCAGUGGAAGUGGGUCCCAUUCUACAACAGACUCCCCGAAGCAGCAGAGAUUUUGAGGGGCCAAUCAAAAAUUCAUUCAAGCUCUCACUCAAACACAAAAAGCCAACUUAAAUUCACUCAGGCUCGAUCUUUAUCUGCCCACCUGCGCUCUGAUCCAUUCUCUCUCUCUACCCGUCACACACACACUCUCUCUCUCUCCAUGGCGAUCGCCGCAGCUGCAUCGAUUUCCCUCGGUCGCUCCCACUGUCAUCUCUGCCAUGCAGAUGGGGUUGGUUGCUCCACGUCACAUGCAGUCACUAGCAGUUGGAUUAAAUCUCCUCUUGAGAGUCAUAGUUUCUUUGAUCAAUCUGGCACAAGACACAGAAGUCCGUUUGUUGGAGCUAAACGAUUACAUUGGUUGCAUGUGGGACGCAAAAUCUGCCCAUCGGAAGUUGCAGUUGCGGCUGAUUAUUCAGAUUCAGUUCCUGAUUCAUCUAAUUAUAUGCAUAGUCAUGGCUAUCAUCCUCUUGAAGAACUCAAAAUGAGCAAAAUAGUCUGCGACGCUAAGCUCAACCCUGCUGAAAUAGCAAGGACUACAGUUGAGGCUAACAGCAGUGCGUUGCUGAUAUUUCCUUCCAUGGUACACUGCGAACCACAUGAAUACGUCUCAUGGGCUGAAUUUCAAUUUGUGAUUGAUGAGUGUGGAGAUAUGUUUUUUGAAAUUUGUGACGAUGAAAACAUCUUGCAAGAUCGUGGAGCUAGUAACCCUGUGAAUGUUUUAGUCGGUAUUGAUAUAUCAACAUAUGAGAAGCGAAGGGUAGCUGCUGCUGAGUACAAUAUUUUGGACCCUGGUGCAAGUGAUGGCAUACGUUUUUAUGAUGACAAUGAGGUGGAGGAUUCUGAAAUGUUUGAUAUCCCAGUUAACUGGGGCAAGCCAACAUAUACUGCUGGUUCGGUCCAUCCAAAAUAUUUUGCCAAGUGCUUGACAAAGGCUGUUAAUAUGGAUUAUGCUAAAAAGAUGGACUACCCGUCUAAUGGAGUUUCCAUUAUGGGUUGCCUUAGGCCUGCCUUUGUGGAUGAAGAAUUAUAUUUGCGGAGCCUCUUCAAUGGUGAAGAUAGUUAUGGUUACGACUCAGAUAGUGAUGGCUAUAGCUCAGACUGGAAAGAUGGUGAAGAUUGGGACUCCCGGCCUGAAAGUGAUGGGAAACGAAUAAGCUCCACUCUUUAUAGGUUGGAGAUUUUAAAGAUAGAGCUGUUCUCCACAUAUGGUGUUCAGUCGGUGAUUGGUUUGCAUGAUUUCCAAGAGGCUGAGCCUGAUGUACUUGUGCACUCAACGUUGUCGAUUGUAGAGCGCUACAGUGAGAAGGGGACGAGGUUGAAUGUUGCUCUUAAAGCUCUCUGCCAAAAGAAGGUGCUCCAUGUUCAGGAAGCAAAUUUAAUUGGAGUUGACAGCCUUGGAAUUGAUGUUAGAGUUUUCUCCGGCUUAGAAGUACAAACACAUCGGUUUCCCUUCAAAGUCCAGGCAAAAUCAGAGGCUGCUGCUGUGAAACAGAUCAAUCAACUCCUGUUUCCACGUGCUCACCGAAAAAAAUUCAGGGCUCAUGGACCUCAUGGUGAUGGAAUUAGGGAUGAAGUUCCAUUUUAAAUCAGCUGUUUCUUCUUCUUCCUUUGUCCUUCUGGAAUUAGAGUAUGAAAAUAAGUGUCACAUUAACCAGUAAUUUUCCUCAAACUUCAAACUUUUUUUACCCCCUAUUUUUAUCUUUCUUCAUUUUAUCUUUUUUUUUUCUUUCUGAAAGUUUCGUAAUUAAUCACCAUGUACAUAAGACCGCAUAUUUAUUUUUAUUUCCAGAAAGAUAUAAAGGUGAAAAAUUCUUGUACA